GAGGAAACGCGGUACGGGAACCGGAGAGAAGACACGGUGCGACCGGCCGAUAACACCCGGGGAGAGGAGAGAGAAGCCCGGGUCGAGGAGCAGGAUGUUCCCCGUCCUCCUGGUCGUUCUUUGGGGGGCAAUGGCGGCGAACUGCGAUGAAUUGGAGCGGCACUCCCUCUCUUACAUCUACACGGCCUUCUCCAAACCCGUGGGGCUGCCGGGCUUCCACGAGUUCACGGCCAUGGGCCUGCUGGACCACAGGAUGAUCGACUACUACGACAGCGACAGCAAGGUGAAGGUGCCCAAGCAGCCGUGGAUGAAGGAGCGCCUCUCGGAUGACUACUGGGAGAAAGGCACGCAGUCCCGCCAGAGCAAGCACCAGUGGUUCACGGUGAACAUCGACAUCCUGAAGACACGCAUGAGGCAGAACGACUCUGACCUCCAUGUCCUCCAGUGGAGGCACGGCUGCGAGGGCGUCCGGCAGCCCGAUGGCACGCUGAAGUUCAACCACGGCAUGGACAUGUACAGCUACGACGGCAACGACUUCCUGUCCUUCGACAACGAGCACUCUGUCUGGGUGGCGCCGGUCGCCGCGGCGCGCCAGACCAAGAGGAAGUGGGACGAAGUCCAGGUGCUGAAGGAAUACACCAAAGGCUACCUGGAGAAUGAGUGCAUGGACUGGAUGGACAAGUUCCUGAAUUAUCAGCAACCUUUGCUGGAACAAGCCAUUGCUCCCGAGGUGUUCGUGUUCACGCGGAACACCAAGGUGGACGCCAUCGUGGCGCUGUCGUGCCUGGCCACGGGGUUCUACCCUAAAGACAUCGUGCUGAGGAUCAAGAGGAACAAGCGCGUCCUGACCCCGGAGGACGGGCUGGUUUCUACGGGCACUCGACCCAACGGAGACGACACCUUCCAGAGGAGAGACACGGUGGAGAUCCUGAGGACCGACGAGUCCACCUACACCUGUGAAGUGAGGCACGACGCAUCCGGGCUCCACAUGGAGGAGGAGUGGGAUCGCACACUUCCUGCCAGCACUGAAGUGUUCAUCAUCGGGGGGGCAGUGGCCGGGCUCACUGUGCUGACUGUGCUCACUGUGGUUCUUCUCCUCUUGUAUAAAAGAGGAUGGAUCCACGGGCUCCUCAAACCAGCCCCAGGCUCUGAUCCGUCCCUCAGCAGCAACGACUCAACCGCCGCCAGCAGCUCCUCUGGGUCCGAGACCAGCGUCCACAUGAAGGACUACGCCGGCUCCUCUGGGUCCGAGUCCGGCGUCCUCAUGGAAGCCGACACCGGCCCCUCUGGGUCCGAGUCCAGCAGCCUCAUGGAGGCCGACGCCGCCCUCUGGGUCCGAGUCCAGCAGCCUCAUGGAGGCCCCACGCCGCUCCUCUGGGUCCGAGUCCAGCGUCCUCAUGGAGGCCCACGCCGGCUCCUCUGGGUCCGAGUCCAGCAGCCUCAUUGA